CUGUUAUCUCCGCAGCUAUCCAGCAGUGGGACAGUUUGCUAGUUGAAGCAGAGAUCAGAGAGGAGACAUGGAGCAGUACAGCAUCCUGGGACGAGUCGGAGAAGGAGCUCAUGGCAUCGUGUUUAAGGCCAAACACAUCGAGACCGGAGAGACGGUGGCUCUGAAGAAAGUGGCUCUGAGGCGGCUGGAGGACGGGAUCCCCAACCAGGCUCUGAGGGAGAUCAAGGCCCUGCAGGAGAUAGAAGACAACCAGCAUGUGGUGAAGCUGAAGGACGUGUUCCCUCACGGUACGGGCUUCGUGUUGGUGUUUGAGUUCAUGCUGUCCGAUCUCUCUGAGGUCAUCAGGAACUCUGAGCGACCUUUGACCCCGGCUCAGGUCAAAGGUUACAUGAUGAUGCUGCUGAAGGGCGUCGCCUUCCUGCAUCACAACAACAUCAUGCACCGGGACCUGAAGCCAGCGAACCUCCUCAUCGGCUCUUCAGGUCAUCUGAAGAUCGCAGACUUCGGUUUAGCUCGACUGUUCAGUGAGCGAGGAGACAGACUGUACAGCCACCAGGUGGCGACCAGGUGGUACCGAGCUCCUGAGCUGCUGUACGGAGCCAGGAAGUACGACGAGGGAGUCGACCUGUGGGCGGUGGGUUGUAUUUUUGGGGAGCUGUUGAACUCGUCUCCUUUGUUUCCCGGAGAGAACGACAUCGAACAACUCUGCUGCGUCCUCAGAGUGCUGGGGACACCGACACAAGACAGCUGGCCUGAAAUAGUCGAGCUGCCAGAUUACAAUAAAAUCACGUUUAAGGAGAAUCCUCCGAUCCCAUUGGAGGAGAUCGUCCCUGACACGUGUCCUCAGGCCGUCGACCUGCUCUAUAAGUUCCUGGUUUAUCCGUCCAGACAGCGCUGCUCCGCCCGCCAGGCUCUCCUCCACCCGUACUUCUUCUCCUCUCCUCUUCCCGCUCACCACUCGGAGCUGCCCAUCCCUCAGAGGGGGGGUCGGCCCCCCCGCCAGCGCCUUCAGGCUCCGCCCACAGACUUCUCAGUGGACCUGCCCCUGCAAAACAGCGUGGUAGACCCCGCGCUGCUGCGGGGACACGCCUCCUGCCUCUGACUGACCAA